AUGGGGCAAAGACAACCAGGACCUCGCACUGGCAUCCUCUUGCUGGUGGGCUCUGCCGGGAUGACCUUAAUGAAGAAGGCCCUGGGCUGCCAGCGGCCUGAGCAGAUGGACCCAGCCCCCAAUGGCAGCCUGAGCCCCGAGCCCGCCUCACUCUUCCCGGGGGUGGACACGCUGGGCACGGCCCACUGGGUGCUGAGCGCCCUGGUCGCCCUCACCUGUGCCUGCGGCCUGGCGGGCAACGGCCUGGUGAUCCGGCUGCUGGCCGUCCACGGGCUCGGCGCCCCCUUCUGCCUCUACGUCUUGCACCUGGCGGUGGCCGACCUCCUCUUCCUUCUCUGCUUGGCCGCCAUGCUGGGCCUGGAGACCGCGCCCCCGGCCGGCUGGAGCCCCAAGGCCUACGAGGCCUUGCAGAGGGUGAAGUACUUUGCCUACACCGCCAGCCUGAGCCUGCUGACCGCCAUCAGCAUGCAGCGCUGCCUGUCCACCCUCUUCCCCAUCUGGUACAAGUGCCACCGGCCCCAGCGCCUCUCGGCGCUGGUGUCCACUCUGCUCUGGACCCUGGCGCUCCUGCUGCACGCGCUGGCCGCCUUCUCCUGCAGCAGGUUCUGGCGCACCAAGCGCUGGUGUUUCACGGUGGACACCGUCUUCAUCUCCCUGGUCUUAGGCAUCUUCACGCCCGGGAUGGUCCUGUCCAGUGGGGUCCUCUCCGUGCGCGUGCACAGAAGCUCCCAGCAGUGGCGGCGGCGGCAGCCCACGAGGCUGUACAUGGUCAUCCUGGCAUCCGUCCUGGUGUUCCUCGUCUGCUCCCUGCCCUUGGGCAUUAACUGGUUCCUCCUCGACUGGCUGGAGCUGUCCCCGUGGACGAAGACGCUGCUCAGAGACCUGAGCCGCCUCUCCUCGUCCGUGAGCAGCAGUGCCAACCCUGUCAUCUACUUCCUGGCGGGCCGCCGCGGGAGCCAGGGCCUGCGGGAGCCCCUGGGGGCCGUGCUGCAGCAGGUGCUGCGAGAGGAGCCCGAGAUGGAGGCCGGGGAGACGCCCUCCUCCGGCACCAACGAGGGGGGCGUCUGA